AUGUCACUCCCAUCUGGCUGUGGGGAGUGUGGCAAGGAAGGUAGAGUUCUCCGCUGCUCUGGCUGCAAAGCGAUGAUGUACUGUAGUGUCGAACAUCAGACCGCUCACCGCCAAGAGCAUCAGUCUGCUUGCAACGCCAUCAGAAGAUGCCGUGUUGCUGUGGAGAAGGAUGAACAGGCCUUACGGGCUCUUCCAGACAAUCCCUACACCUAUGGUAUCGGUAACUUCUGGAAGAUCCUCGAGACACGCCCUUACAUGCGAUCCUGUGCUGCGCUGUGUAAUACCAUGGGAAAGGUUAGGAAUGUUGAAUCGUUUGAAGCACAACUUGACCUAUUGAUGGAAAACUUGCGGCUCUGUCGUGGUGACAACAUGGGCUCGCGAGAUGUCAUCCCCGGCCGGAUGAUUCGUCUCCAACAGGACCAGGAUGAUGGGCCACGACCCGCCAGAAUCACGACUGUGAUUGGGGUAACUAACACCACUCUGCCGUACCUUGACAUCAAGGACGCCAAUCCGCUCGAGCCAGUCGAUAUGUUCAGUGGCAAGUUGAUUGAUCUUCCCCAUCUCGUUUCUGUGUUAUUCAAGGUCAAAGUGCUUCAAGUAGUGCUCACAGGCAUGAGACCGGCUGAUGAAAGUGUUGCCCACAUGCUGGGACUCAGACUGAAACAUUCGACUAUCGCCAAAAAUCCCGACAUCGCCCACUGUGAGGACGCAUGGCUCGAAGGUGUGAAACUAAAGGCCCAGAUUCGCGCUUUGUACGAGGACGUCCAUAAAUUGAACCCCCACUUUUGGCCGGCCCUUGUGGACGUGAACACUUGGAGGCCAAAACCACGAUGUUUUCGGUUGGGAGUGUGGAACAGAUGCGAGUGA